AUGUUAGCAACGUCAUGGCGGCGCCUAAUGGGCACAAAAGCCCGGAUAUUAUGCCCACCUAAACAUCAAACCUGCCGCUCCGUGUCCAAUUCGCCAUAUGGCCGCACACACGUCUGGAAACGGCGGGCACCCAUUCUCCCAAAUCCCGUGGUCCCGAAGUUCCCGCAGAAGGUCAUUCGCUCCGACGGCACCUCUUUCACGCACUGGACGACGUCGCCCAAGUCCCUGGUUCGGUUGACGCGUGAUACUACCAACAACCCAUACUGGAACACGGGAAAUCCGAGUGACAGGUCGAUUGAGGAGGAGAGCAGCACUACUGGUCGCAUGGGCAGGUUCAGCAGAAGAUUUGAGGAGCUGGGGGCGGACUUGGAUGAUACGCAAUGGAUGGAGGACAUGUCUACAGUGAUGAAGGCAGAGAAUAUUGUGGAGAGGGAGCGGCCAAAGCCCAAAUCAAAAAAGUGA